AUUCCGUGCAGUGGGUAGCGCGGGCGCGGCGACUGCCCGUCCAAUCUCGUGUUGUACAAAUAAUGUUUAGUGUUUACAUAACAAGCGGUGCACUGCGCGACUGAUCGCCCUACAUCACGCGCCAGUACCGGCAGUGCGAGUGCGAUGGGGGGCUCGAGGCUGGCUCCUUCCAGGAUAUACUGUGUACUGUUCUGCACCAUCAUCAAGGCCGUCAUCAGCACCGGCCUCGGCAAGUGUCCCGUCUACCCGCCGCUGCCAAACUUCGACAUACAGCGGAUGACUGGCACUUGGUACGAAGUGGAGAGAUCGUUCUAUCUGGUGGAGCUGACCGCGAGCUGCACGGAGCUCCACUUGACGCUCAACGAGAGGGGAUACUUGCUCAUCACUAUUAAUACGGUCAACAAAUGGACCAACAACCCAUCAACGACGUAUGGCAUCGGCAUACCGAGCCACAACGCGUCAUCAAUCUUCCGCUACAAGCUGAACAACCGUGUGCCGUACGUCAUCGGGCGGCUGCUUCCCGGCGCCGGCGUAUACAACAUCCUCUUCACCGACUACGAACAGUUCGCCAUCGUCUGGUCUUGUACCAGCGUCAGUAUUGCACAUUCAGAUCACAUUUGGGUGCUGGGUCGGCGGCGAGAGAUCGAGGCUCCGGUGCGCGCACAAAUCUACGCCAUCAUGGAAGAGUUGCGGCUCGACCCCGACAGACUCAUUAUAUCUAAGAACAAUAACUGUACAAACUUCUUUGAUAAUAAAGUCUAA